AUGCCGCAAAUGGAUUACAAAGCAUUUAUAGGUAAAUUGCUAGUGAUAAAUAUACAGAUGUUAAUUUCAUUGGGUACACAAAAGUGCCUAGCCGUGAGUAGUGGGCAUGAAGUUUGGGAGUACUUGUUUCUCAACAAUACCUAUAACAAGGAGGUAAGACCAGUUAAAGUGUGGAGUACAGCAACAGAUGUAAAUGUAAGUGCAGCUGUUAUAGCUAUGGUCGACUUCAGUGAAGUAAAACAAACAAUAAUUUUAACUACGAAAUUGACACUUUCUUGGAAGGAUAAAUAUCUGGUAUGGGAUCCGCAAAAUUUUGAAAACAUUACUCAUAUUCAUGUAUCACAGUCAAAGGUAUGGAAACCAUACGUAUUUCUGGAAAAUUCCGUCUCGAAACAAUAUGAAAUGGGUACACAUUCCGUACAAGUUAUUGUAAAUUAUGACGGUACCGUAGAAUGGAAUCCAGUUGAAAUUUUCCAUUCAACAUGUGCAGCAGAUGUCCGUAAAUUUCCAUUUGACACACAGAAAUGUUCAAUGGUGUUUGAAACUCUAGGAUAUACUACUAAAGAAAUUCGGAUACAUUCAGUUGAAGACCAUGUUGAUUUUCAUGGUUAUGGAGUCACUUCCGGUUGGUAUGUAGUGGAUACCGACAUGGAAACAAAAAGCGAAGAAGGUUCUGAGAUACACAUAAUUUGUUCACUUACUUUGAAAAGGAAUCCAACAUAUUUUAUCCUAAACGUUUUUCUGCCUAUCGUCCUUCUCUCAUUCAUGAACACAUGCGUGUUUAUCCUACCCGUGCAGUUCGGAGAAAAGGCCAGUUUUGUGAUCACUGUGUUCCUUUCACUUGCUGUCUUUUUGACAAUUGUAAGCAGCAAUCUACCAGAAAACUCUGACAAGGUCUCAAUUCUCAAUGUGUACGUUUUCAUUUGUACACUUCUGAGUGUGAUUAUCGCGAUACUGACGAUAAUUCAGAUCAGGAUCUACCAUCGUGAUUCAGAUAGAUCGAUUUCACCGUUUCUGGUAAAGCUAGCUGUAAUGUUUACUUCCAAACAAGUUCUCACUGAUGACCGUAAGAAAAAUGUAGUGAAAGGCAACGAUAAAGAGAAACGGCGAAAACAUGCAACAAUCGAUGUCGUGCCACAAGACCGGUUUUGCAAUCUAGAUGACCAAAAACCAAAUGCUGUAGUAUGUAAAAUAAAUGCCACAUGGCCGGAUGUUGUUCGGGCUUUCGAUAAUAUCUUUCUACUUGUUUUUUUAGUAACAACUAUAAUCAUGACCGUCACAGUACUUAUUAUGGCUGUUCGCAACGAGGAGCUUGCAGAAGAACAUGACUCACACUAA